AUGCUGCAACAGUCAGAGCUCAUCUUUGACUUUGCCAGUGACCACGUCAGCAUGUCACAGUUGGGGGGAUACUCAGAGUAUCCUGCAGUGAUUGUGGAGCAGGUUCCACAUCCACACCUGCUCUCCUAUGCAGGCCUAGCAUGUGAACAGUCACAGACAGAGCAUAACCAGCAGCUGCUCAAAGUGGAACAAUGUGAAAGUGGCGAGGAGGAGACCAUGGAGACACUUGUUGCUGCUGACUCGCUCCUCAACAUGGACUGUCCUGACACCCUCUCGCUGGAACACUACUCCCAGACCUUCUUGCCAUCACUGGGUGAUGUCAUCACUACUCCUGUUACCCAGGUGACUGUGUCAGCGGAGGGCAUCGUGGGAGCUGUCGACCAGCCACAGUGGCACUCGCUGCACACAAAGAAGCCCGCGGCACAGCUGCAGUCCAAAAAGAGAGGGAGAAAACCUCGACACAGACGGGCGGAGUCUCCCACCCCAGAUAUUAUAGUGAAGAAGGACAAAUACAACAAAGGAGGAAACACACUGUACCUGUGGCAGUUCCUGAUGGAGCUGUUGCAAGACCGACAGGUCUGCCCUCGCUACAUUAAAUGGACUAAUCCCCAAGCAGGAAUCUUCAAGUUGGUCAACUCUAAGGCAGUGGCCAGACUGUGGGGCAAACACAAGAACAAGCCAGAUAUGAAUUAUGAGACGAUGGGGAGAGCACUCAGGUACUACUACCAGAGAGGCAUACUGAAUAAGGUGGAAGGCCAGCGUCUGGUCUACCAGUUCACCUCUCUGCCCAAAGACAUGAUCUAUAUCACAGACGGAGAUGGCACCAAAGAGGAGGACGAUGAUGAUCACGACGACAACGAUGAGGGCGUGAGUGAUGACUCCGAUGACAGCACAAUACCUUCUAGUGACCAAUCAGUGGAGGAGGAAGAGUCACACCCACCACAGAAGAAAAUGUCAUUCAGCUCUGUCCGAGCUUCAACGACCCAGCGGACCAGGCCGGCGCCCAGGCCCUCAUGCCAGCGUGACACCGUCCUGCGACCUGCCAGCACCAGCUUGAUCCAGGAGCAGCAUUUGCCUAUCGUGUCCGCCGAGAUGCUGCGGACCCUCCAGAACCUGCAGAAGGUCCAGUCCCUGCAGCCCGCCGGUCACGCCUCUGUCUUCAAAACAGCUCAGCUGCUGGGGAGUCUGUGUGAGCGGCAGGCCGCCGCUCAGGUGGCUGUGGACAGUGAGGGUGCACGGGAGAUACCUGAUGUAAAGUCACACCCAGGACACAAAACUUCACAAGUGGAGACUCCGCAGCUGGUCCCCCUAACUGGCUCUGACCAAUAGAAAAGGACCAGUCAACCCCAAACACACACACACACACACACACACACACACACACACACACACACACACACACACGCACGCACAUACACAUACACUCCAGCAACUCAGGACCAGUUACAGAGCUGCACAUUGCUGUGGCAAUCUCUGCGCACCAGGGCCUUCAUUUCUCAAGUGUGUCAGAGUGGGAGUAUUGAUCUGGGAUUAUUUUUGUAUUUUAGAUGAUAUUGUGAAUUUGUAACAACAGUAAUUCUAGAUCACUGCUUCCUCCCUGACACCUGAGCCGGCAGGAAACUGGCAGGAACCAAAAACUCACCGCAUUUAGCAGUUUACUUUCCAAGAGACUUUAAAAGCUCCUGUGCUUUGCCUUCUGCCACUCUCCUGUUUACACCUGGUGUUAACGUGCAUGUUGGGUGAUCAGAGCACAAGUGGACAAGUGCACAUGCGUCUAGAGUAACACCUUAUGAUCAGAUCUCUCUUCCUCGCUCUAUAAGAAAAGACGUGAAUCCUUUCCCUCUACAGUUGCUGAGAGUCCACAUAGCUGCACGCACAGUGACAGGGCUAACUGUUAGCAUCACACAGCUAACGGUUAUUAACAGGUUCAUGACAAGGCUGAGUUGUUUGGGUGUCAGUGUGAGUUUGUUGCGACUGUUGAACAGCUGCUGCUAUGUGAGCUUGUGCUAACUGGGCAGACAUUGAAGUGGCUGUUCAGUGGCAGGAGGAAAGCAGCUCCAGAGACGGUCCUUUAGCACUGCGUUUUUGUUAAAGAGCUCUGAUCUGGCCCCUGUUCAAGUGUGACCCGAGCCCAGCUCAUGGCAGCAGUUUAAAACCCUGAGUUUCUACUGUAAAAAUAUAUUUUAUAUAUUAUAACGUUUUUUUUAAGUUAAAACAUUUAUUAAAAGCUAAGGGUGACACGUUUCCUUGUACCACUUCUCCAAAUUCGCCUCCUGCUGUUAUUUCAGUAGUCUGUCUUGUGACAGCUGUGUGACAGGUUGGGCAGGUUUGGUUUGCGCCCCCUGGUAUGUCUAGUGUGCAGUGUUUCAUGGCAGUGCGGCGAACAGAUGAUCACGGCUCUACACUGCCAACCAAGUUGCCUUGCAGUGAUGGGCCCCACGCCGCAGAUCGAGUCAGGCCCAGUCGGGCUCGAACAGAGAAUCAGAGCUCGGGUCAUUUUGUAUUAUUCUGUGUCCCCUCUCUAAAUUCUGCGGGGUAUGUGAACGCAGCACAGACUGAACUCUUCAUGAGAUCUUUCUUUUGAAUUGCAGGGUUGAUUAUCAGUCAGUCGCUCCAAUCGUAGCAGAUCAAAUCAAUGGAUGAGAGGAGCAGCUGCUGCAGAGGCGAGUGAAAGCAAACUUUUAGACCCAGCGCUAUGCAUGGUUAAGUUUCACUUAACUGCGCCUGGCGUUCUGCUGCUCCGUCUGAGUCGCUCUGCAGUCAGAGAGUGUGCUGCAGUGAAUAAUAGAAGCAUGUAUAUAUUCCAGCAGCCCUCCUAAUGAGCAUUCCAGCUCCAAAAAUAGAACAUCAGUAGAUGGCGGCAGAUAUUGUUAUCGUGGCCACAAUUACACAAAUGUGUGGGAAACUGCUCAGAUAAACAGACGUCAGCUGAGACGGCCGUCCUUCAGUGUGGUCGUUCAGUCUUAAGAUGCAUUGAGGACGCAUUGGAUGCAUUCACACCUGCACUCAGAGCUGUCCACUUGUGAUCCGAUCACCCAGGAUGCAUACUAACACCAGGUGUAAACAGGGCCUCUCUCUGGCCUGUAAUCAUACAAGACAACCAAGACAGACAUGCACUGGAAUCCACAGCCUUUCUGCACCUUCUGCCGACACACUUCACCUCCAGCGUCACGGAGCAGAUGACCCGAUCAGCACACUGUGCCCUCCUUCUCUGCCUUCACUCUCGCUCUUUAUUUUUAUGUACAUGCUGAAUCAUUCCUUGAAAAUGGCUUUGCACUAAUGUUUACGCCUGCUGUACGUUUCUUCUCUCAGCGCCUGAUGAUCUCAGUCCAUCGUGUCCCUGCUUCCUGUGUUCCUGGUAAUCACGAGGUUAUUGAGGGAAAACAUUCCAUAUUAUUAUUGUUGUUUUUUUAAGAUUACUGAAUUAUGUUUGUAUUGUGAAAUAUUGAAAACAAGGGAUCACUGUUAUUUCUAGAAUAGUAAUUGAGCACUGCUGCUGUUUGUAGUUGUAUGUAUCCGCACGGUGGAUUUUCCUUUUGUCGACAAUCACCAGUGAAACGGCCUUUUUUAUUUAGCUGCCUCGUCUUCACACUGCUACUAUUUAGCCUCUCUGCUAUGCACUCACUCUGUUUACUUAUUACACAUAUAUAAAUGCAUAUAUGGACCUCUGAAGCCUUUAUAUCUUUAUGUAUUGUGUGUUAUAUACUGUAUGUCUGUGAACAUGCUUGACUCUGUGCCUUGUUGCCAUUUUCUCCCUCAGGUUUCGCACAAAAUUAGUUUUACCGCACAGACUGUGUACUCUAUGCAAGGAGUAAAGCGUCUGGCCCUUUUAUAAUGAAGUAAUGUUGAGUUCAGUGUUUUCUCUUCAGUUGAUCUUAGUUCAGCCUCACACACGUCGCUCCAAAUGAAAACUGAGUUUGUAAGAUUUAGGCCGGCUUCUGUGAGGCUAAACUUGGUUUAGGAGAUGCUUCUGUGCCUUCGCCCCCAGCAGGGAGCCCUAUGCAAAACUGAUUUCACUUUAUGAAUGAGUAAAGCAUUUAUUUGGAAUCCCCUCUCUUUGCUUUAUCUGGAGGUCUGUUGAUACUGUAAGUUUUACUGAUAUUGAUAUGAAAGCUUGUAGCAGAGGGAGAGCUGGAGUUUCUGUUGCCUUAUUUUGGUGUGUUUGCUUUCACGCAGUCCGGAGGUGUUGAAAAGAUGAUGGUCUAUUAUAUGAAAUAAACUUAAUUUUGUCAUUGUCUCUGUGAAAA